AUGGCCGGCUCUGCCACAUCAGGCAGCGUCCUGCGCUCCCUCCGCCACCUCAACCCACCUACCAAGGGCUCCAAGUUCGCCAUUCGAGCCCCCUCGCACGCCGCACACACUCCCAAGUUCGUCCAGCCCAAGGACCGCAUCCCGUUCUGGAACAUCGUGCCAGGCGACCAUGUGAAGCUCAAAUCCGGCCGCGUCGGCCAGCAGGAAGGUCUCGACUCGGACGAAAAGAUCAGGGGCGAAGGUAUCGUCGUCCGCAUCGACAGGGAGAAGAACUGGCUCUGGCUCCGCGACGUCGACGACAAGAACAAGCUCGCUCCCAAGGCCAUCCGACACAUCAUCCCGCGUCUCGUCGACCCGCUUGCGCCCGAAAAGGGCUACGGCCCCAACGUCACAGAGAUCCCGCGUCCCGUACACUACUCCAACGUGAUGCUCAAGCUUCCCGGCUCGGACCAGUUUGCCGUGCGCCUCUCGCGCUCCGCAGCAAAGUACGACAAGCGCAAGGGCAUGUACGUCUGGAAGCGAUACGCAACCAUCAAGGCUUCCGAAGAAAAGCUGCUCCAGACGGGCAAGGCGUUCGAAAAGGUCGAAGUACCCUGGCCCUCUCUGCCGGGCAAGCGCAGGCUCCGCGACUCGUCCAUGAGCGACCGAAACAUCGUCGAAGGCGAAUCCUGGGCUCCGUGGAGGCCCGAGGAUCCCGUGCUGCUGCCCGAACGCAAGGGCAUCACCUCGCCCCAGUCCGAACUCCGCGCACAAAUCCUCGCAGACGAGAGGAGCCAGCGCAAUGCCGAAAAGCAGGACGAAGCCGGACCCUCGGCUCCCUCGGACGCGCUCGGCACCUAUGCCGGUUUCAAGCAGGGCCGCGUCAAGCCGCCUCCCAUCGCGCAGCCUCCCACGCCAGCAGAGAUCAUCCGAAUGCGCACAAAGGCCGCAUCCGACUGGGCCAGCGGCGAAGCGAUCGAGGCGCAUCGUCAGGAAGGUGGCCUCUCCUUCCACUGGCGAGACUACCUCGACCUCGCCCCGCGUCAAGGUCCCGCGAGUGGCGGCGACUGGAGCGAGCUGCCUGCGAGCACGCGCAACGGCGGCCUCGACGCACCCAGAGACCCGCGCGACGGCCGCAUCACCGACGGCCUCAGCCGCAACGACGUCGACCGCAUGCCCGUCGAGCUUCUCAUGACGCGCGACCUCACAAACGAGCGCGGCCUCAAGUGGAGGAUGAGGAGAUGGAAGGAAAAGCAGGCCGAGAUGCAGCAGGAAGCCAUCCAGGAACACCGCGAACGAUCCAAGCUGCUCAAGGAACUCGACGCGCUCAAAGUUUAG